AUGGGUCAGGAUAAGAAUACAUACCAGAAGACCCAGUUGGAUCUGGAAUUAGGGUGUAAAAUGGUUGCUGCCAAGGUCAACGCCCAAGUGCCGUAUUGUGACGUGAUCGUGAAAGUGGAAGACACGAUCUUCUUCAGCAGCAGGCUCAUUCUGGGUGCGUGGUCACCUUACUUCGAUCAGAUAUUUACGACUGCAUUCAAGGAAGCCACUGAAAAAGAAGUACACAUUGAGGGAGUCUCAAAGAUGGGCUUCAGGGGAGUUUGGGAAUUCCUCCACGGUCCGGAAUUCGUGAUGGAUGGCGAAGACGGAACACUUGCCAUCCUCCGGGAUGCCCACUUUCUCGGGAUCCAACACCUCUGUUCCAUUAUCUCCAGAAAACUCAUUGAUAUCCUUGAGCUUCGGAAUGUCUUUCUCUUCCUCCGCACUGCCCAGGAACUGAACGAGAAGGACUUGGAGGAAAGAAUACUCGGCUUCAUGGCGCGUCGCUUCAAUGAAAUCGUGACAACACCUGGUUUCCUCCAGAUUACAUUUGAAACACUCAAGGGUCUUCUUCUUCGAGAUGAUCUGGAAGUGAAGUCGGAGGAAGCAGUAUUCGAUGCAUCUAAAAGGUGGAUCGAACAGGACCAAGGCCGGAAAGAAUACUUGCCCCAAGUCCUUGAUGCAAUUCGACUUCCUCUGGUCUCGUUAGACUUCUUGAAGAGAAACGUGAUAGCUGAUCCCUUGAUCCGCGGUGAUCCUAGAUGUGCUCCAAUCAUCAGUGAAGCAAAAGACUUCUACAAUCCAGACUUUCGCGACACGGUCCCAAUUGCCAAGACAAUACAGCGUGGACCCAAAUUUAUUCGUGGCAUCGACCUAUCGAAGGGGGAAGCACCAGAACGGCACAACGAAGAGAUGACGCUCGCUGAAAAGAUGAAACAGAAGUGCAAAAGCAUUGACGGAUUCAUUCAUGAACUUCCCCAGAAGAAGAUAAUGGAAGAUCCAAAAAAUCGUUUAGCCAAGUUUGAGAUCGGCGAGAGAGGAGCAAAAUGUGGACCGGGAAAGGUACUUAUGCUCGUUGGAGCCACAGGAGCAGGCAAAACUACACUCAUCAAUGGGAUGAUGAAUUACGUGUACGGAGUGAAGUGGGAAGACCCUUUCCGUUUCAAGCUGAUUAAGGACCGUUGGCUCGAAGCUAGGAGUCAGACAAAGUGGAUCACGGCUUACGUCCUACACCAACAGGAAGGAUUCCGUCUGCCCUGUACUUUGACUCUCAUCGGGUUUGGGGACACUGAAGGGAUCAUGGCAGACAAGGAAUUAAUUAUUCAAAUCCACGAAUUCUUUUCCCAUGGUGGGAACAUCGGAGUGGAUCAGCUUGAUGGAAUCUGUUUCGUUAUACAGGCCUCCUUGCCAAGGCUGACUCACACUCAAAAGUACAUCUUUGACUCGAUCUUGGCCGUAUUUGGGAAAGAUGUUGAAAACAUUAUCUACGUGCUGACUACCUCUGCGAGCCGCGAGAAGCCUCCUGUUCUAACUGCCCUCAAGGACGCUAAAAUUCCGAGCAGAAACUCUUUCAAAGUAAACAAUUCUGCAUUUUUCGUCAAACCGUCAGAUGAACCCGAUGCUGAGGAUUACUACAGCCUUUUUUUGGAAAAUGGGAAUAUCAUGCUUUGA